CUAGGAGUUCGCUGUUGCUGUUGCAGGCUUGAAUGGUCCUCUGUGUCCUGCUCUGAGAUCUGCUGUUGGGUGCAUUGAGGGGACCUCAGGAAGCUCUGAGAUUUAGACAUGGAUGCAGUGACUUUUGACGAUGUGCAUGUGAACUUCACUAAAGAAGAAUGGAAUUUGCUGGAUCCUUCCCAGAUGAAUCUCUACAAAGAUGUUAUGUUGGACACCUACUGGAACCUUACUUCUAUAGGCUACAAAUGGGAAGACCAUCAUAUUGAAGAACCAUGUCAAAGUUCUCAAAGACAUACAAGCUCCAGUCUGCCUCCCAGGUGUACUCUGUUUCUUGUGAGCCUAGGGUCGGCUCCCAACACUUGUGAAUGAAGUCAAGUUGGAAAACCCUUUACAUGCCACAGUAGUCUCUGAAUACCUAAAGGAACACAUACAAGAGAGAAACCUUAUCAAUAUAACUAAUGUGGUAAAGCCUUGCAUGUCCUAAUCAUAUUUAAAUGUAUGAAAGUAUUUAUAGUAGAUGUAAACUGUAUUAAUUUGAAUAUGCUUGGCCCUAAGCAGUGGCACUAUUAGUGGGUGUGUCUUGUAGGAAUAGAUGUUACUUUUUUGAAGGAAGUGAAUUACUGGGGUGGUGGUGUUUGGAGCUUUGGCCAGUACAAAGCAGCCCCACCUACUGUUUGGCUGGAAGAUAGUCUCUUCCUGCCAGCCUUCUCAUGAAGAUGCAGAAUUCUCAGCUCCUUCUUUAGCAUCAUGGCUGCCUUCAUGCUGCCAUGCUUCCUGCUAUAAUGGUAAUAAACUAAAUAUUUGAAACUGUAAGCCAGGCCCAAUUAAAUAUUUACCUUUAAAACAGUUGCCUUGGUCACAGUUUGUCUUCUGAGCAAUGGAAAUUCUUUCUAAGACUGAAGUUAGUACCACAGACUUAAGUAUUGCUAUGAUACGCCUGGCCAUGUUUUUGUUUGGAGCAAUGUGGAAUUUAAUACAUUGGAUUUGUACACAUAUUAAGUUGAAUUUAAUUGGACAUGCAAGGAGAAAUGUGGAACACAUAGGCACUGGAGAGCGAUUUGAACUCUGUAUAUGUUUUUAUAAUGUUUUGCUUAAGAAUGUUGUUGCUUUUUGACCUUGUCUUAAGAGUGAUGCAUUGGCAAAAGAAGUAAAAGGAAAGCCAGCAUA